CCCGCCGCUGUCUGGGCCGGGGCAGGCGAGAGCCGCCGAGUCCCCGCCCCGCCACUUCCGGUCCCGCCGCCCGGAGCCGGUGCGGCUGUGAGGGGCCGCGUCUCGCCGCCGCCGCCCGGGCCGGGCAUGGUGUUGGGCGCCGGGCCCGCCUCGCCUGUCUGCGGGUGCCCAGGGUAAAGGCAGCAGUAAUGCUAACGCUGGCAAGCAAGCUGAAGCGCGAUGAUGGUCUCAAAGGGUCCCGGUCUUCAGCCACAGCAUCGGAUUCCACUCGGAGGGUUUCUGUGAGAGACAAGUUGCUUGUUAAAGAGGUUGCAGAACUUGAAGCUAAUUUACCUUGUACAUGUAAAGUGCAUUUUCCUGAUCCAAACAAGCUUCAUUGCUUUCAACUAACUGUAACCCCAGAUGAGGGUUACUACCAGGGUGGAAAGUUUCAGUUUGAAACUGAAGUCCCCGAUGCGUACAACAUGGUGCCUCCCAAGGUGAAAUGCUUGACCAGGAUCUGGCACCCCAACAUCACAGAGACAGGUGAAAUUUGCCUAAGUUUACUGAGAGAACACUCGAUCGAUGGCACUGGCUGGGCUCCCACACGAACACUGAAGGAUGUUGUUUGGGGAUUAAACUCUUUGUUUACUGAUCUUUUGAAUUUUGAUGACCCACUGAACAUUGAGGCUGCAGAGCAUCACCUGCGGGACAAGGAGGACUUCCGGAACAAAGUGGACGACUACAUCAAGCGCUACGCCAGAUGAUGAAGGGGACGCGUGCAGGCCCAUGGACUGGACGCAGCUUGUCUCCAACGUGAAGUAGCAAGAGGUGGCCCCUUCACUCCCCAUCCUCACGCUCCCUCAGCCCCUCUGGAUUGUCCCAGCCCUGUGACCAUGUUGUCCGAAGGAGAUCAUCCUCAUGACUGCCCAUUGUAGAUGGAGAGUUCAACAUAAACACAGCAAGAACAUGUGUCUGGGCUUCUAAAGAGUUGUCUGCUUACCUUAACAUGUUUACUUUUUUGAAAUUGUACUGUAUAGGUUGUUGGUGAAAUUCUUGAAAGUUGUAAUGAACUCAAAAUUGAGGCUAGAGCUUGCUUACCCUUUCCCCAAACAAAAUUGGUUUCCUGCACUAGUGACGCUAAUGAUGUGUUCAGUGUAACUUGCAGAUUGGCAAUAAGAAACCCGCUACAAACUGUGAUUGGAUGCAAAUUCUCUUAGCUUCUUCCACAAAUGUUGGCCCUGCCUAGGUGUCGUGAAGCUUUCCAGAAUGCAUAGAGUCAUCCACUGUAGAUCUCUUAAUGAAAUGCGUAUUUUAUUUAAUGUAAGUAUAUUUUGGAACAGAUUUGUAAUUUGUACAAUUCAAUGCUUUAAUUAUUUUUUCUAUUCUCAUUUAGUUUGUAUUUUCAUUGUAUAGAGCAGACAGAAAGAUGUUGGGUCAAUCAACUAUUGAAGAGAAAUACAAAGAAAAUAUGAA